ACGUGUCUUUUAGUAUAGAGUUAUUGAUAAGAAAUAAAAAAAAAAAUCGGUAAUACUACUCCCACAAAACAGCAAUGGCGGAGGAGAGAGAAAGAGAAGGUCAAUCAGCAAUGGAUUCCAACGAAACAACCCCUCUUCUAAAACCCACAUCCGAAGAAAUCACCCCUUCAACAACAAUCGAAGAACCAGAAACACCAACCCAACAAAAUCGAAGAUCAGUGAAAACAAAAGUACCGGAGAUUGAACUCCAUGUUUAUCGACAAGGAAAGGGUCCGAUUGCGGUGGCAAAAUCAACUCUUGGUGGUUGGGAUCAAGAUCAAUUAGAAGUUCGAGAUAUAAUGGAGGAAUAUGGAUUCAAAUGUAUUUAUGCCUUUAAUCCUAAUGAUGGUGGUCGUACUGUUCCGAUUCGAUUUCAUCCUAAGAAUGGCCGCUCUUUGCUUCCUUAUAAAGAUGGCUCUGUUAUUUCCAUUGAUGGUGAACCCAAGGACUCCAUGAUCAAACCUGUUACAAGGAUUGUUGUUGGUGUGGCCCUUAUGACAGUCUUGAUAGCUGUUGUGGUAACUGAAUCACCCGUCUGGGCUGAAAAAUUUAACAUGAAGGGAUGGAGAAUCCCUCCCUGGGUUCUUACCUGUGCAAUCAUUGUUUUCACUCGCAUGAGGAAGAGAACAAAGGAAUUUUUGCAGAAUCGUGGCUGGUGUUAACAGGCCUUGUUACCUUUUGAAAGCUAACAUUCUCCCUCCUUUUUGUUCAAUAUUUCUCCAAUAAUUUCACGUGUACUAAACAAGAAAUAUAGAUUCUCUAUAUCUUGUACAUUUUUCCCAAGGUAGUCUUAUGUGUAGUAAUAUUUGCUGAUUUUGCUCUACAAAUUAUAGUGUUUCCAAAUACAGUUAACUCUAUGCUACCAAUGAUUUGAAGGAUGCAACUCAACCAUCCAUAAAUUCGAGCUAGCAAUGUUGCAAUUGUCAUUUAUUGUUUAAAAUAAAAAAUACAUAGUUUAUGGUUCA